AUCCUCCAUCUGGCUAGGUCUGGCCCCGCCCCCUCCUAGGGGGACUCAGGGAGGGGCCCAGGGCUCUCCCCCCACCCCACCCCCGCCAGGUUGCGGGGCAUGCUGGGAGCCAGGCACUUCCUCCCCAGGCAGCACUAGAGGAAAACCACGACUGACUAGGCGGCUCCGACGGACGAGGCUGCUCGGGGCCCGGCGGGCAGUGCUCAGGGGCUAGGAUGGCGGAGCGCAGCACCAGCAGCAGCGCAGGGCUGCUGGCCAAGCAGGUGCAGAAGAAGUUAAGCCGGGCCCAGGAGAAGGUGAUGCAGAAACUGGGGAAAAAAGCAGAAACCAAAGAUGAACGUUUUGAACAGGCUGCCCAAAACUUCUACCAACAGCAGGCUGAAGGCCAAAAACUAUGCAAGGACUUGAAACAUUUCCUUAGUUCUGUUAAAGUGAUGCAUGAGAGCUCGAUGAAACUGUCCCAAACACUGCAGGAGAUCUACAGCUCUGAGUGGGAGGGCUACAGGGACCUGAAAGUCAUUGCAGCGAACAAUAAUCUCCUUUGGGAAGAUUAUGAAGAGAAACUGGCUGACCAGGUCUUGAGAACCAUGGAGAACUACGUAUGCCAAUUCAGUGAUGUUAAGGAGAGAAUUUCCAAGCGAAGUCGGAAACUCGUAGACUAUGACAGUGCCCGGCACCACCUUGAAGCACUACAGAACUCCAAGAAGAAGGACGAGACCAAAACCAUCAAGGCAGAGGAGGAGUUUUUCAAAGCACAGACAGUGUUUGAGGACCUGAACCGAGACCUACAGGAAGAACUGCCCCUUCUCUACAGCAGCCGCAUCGGCUGCUAUGUGACCAUCUUCCAGAACAUCGCCAACCUCCGGGACAUUUUCUAUAAGGAGAUGAGCAAGCUGAACCAGGACCUGUAUGAAGUGAUGAGCAAACUGGAGAAGCAGUAUUCCAGCAAAGUCUUCGUGGUCAAGGGCAUAUCCAAGCACCGAAGCUCCUUCGUCAUCUCGUCCCCAGUCCCGAAGUUGAGUGGCUCAGUGCUCGCCGGAGAGGGCAGCCCUUUGACCUCCCCCAGAAGUCUUUCUCCUGAGCAGUCCUCUUCCGGCAGCCCAUCUCCUGACAGCCACUCUCCCAGAAGUUCCUCGCCUACUGUUAACUCUCCCCGAGUCCCUAGUCCCACCGUGACCUCCUAUUUCUCCUUUAAGCAAGAAGGAGAGUUAGUCUCCGGAGAGGGAAAAGCUCUCGCUCUGGAGCUAGUCCAGAGAGGAGACUCCCCUGAAUUCCAGGAUAGCCCCUUUGAAGACGAGGGGAGUGGGCACCCAGAAAGCCCCAGGAUUGAAGAACAGGCCCUGCUGCCCUGCAACGGCCCAGCUCGGGCCGAGCUCCCAGAUGAAGGCUCCCCCGGGGCCUUGCCUUCUCUGGGGGAGGCUCCCUCCCCGGCCCCAGGAGAGUCGCGGCCCCUGCUCCAGGCCCCUGGCGAAGGCCAGCCGAAGGAGAAGAUGCCCAGUCCCAGAGUCUCGGCUCCCCCCAGUAGGCCACCUCCUCCUAAAGCCCUUUCCAGCCCAGGGCCCUUACCUAUUCUCAUGGCCGCCGAGAAGCCGUGCACGCCCGAAGCCAGCCAGGAGGGCUUCGGUGCCAGAAGCUCCGAGGAGCACGAGUGCCCUCCGACAGCCAUCCUCAAGAUUUUCUCUGAACUUGACAUAAAGGGAGAUGGGAAGAAGGAAGAGAACAAGGAACUGGACCAGAGCAAGAAGCAAGACUCCGAGGGCCCAAAAGAGGAGAUGAAGAAAGGGGGCAAGGACUCAGACCAGAGCAAGAAGCAAGAUUCAGAUGGCACAAAAGUGGAAGGGAGGGAAGAAAGCAGGGAACUGGACCAGAGCAAGAAGCGGUAUUCAGAUGGCGCAAAAGGGGAGAUGAAGAGGGAAGAGAGCAAAGAAUCAGACCAGAGCAAGAAAGAGGAUUCAGAUGGCAUCAAAGGGGAGAUGAGGGAAAAGAGGAUGGACUCAGAGCAGAGCAGGAAGCAGGAUCCAGACACGCCCCUCCAGGUGAAGGAUCGUCUGAAAGAGGAAGAACAUUUAGCGAGAACUUCCCAACUCUGAUCCCCAGCCCGGGGAAGGAGCCCGCGUGGAAGCAAGAUGUCCUGUGGCCUGCCAGGCCGGUCCAGCAGGACCUCCCUCGGGGGGGCAGCUUUGGCUGGGGAUGUGCUGGAAGCCGGGUUCGGGUGUUGUUAGCACAAAGAGCACCCCCUCUCCUGCACACGGCCCGGAGGGCAGCUCUCAGUGUUAAAGGCAAAUAAAGUACACGGUUCUGA